CCUCUGAUCAUUUCUCAUUUGCUUAGUUUUGUUUUUUCUCCGAUCAGAUCCAAAAAGUAACUUCCCUUCCUUCGCCGCGAUGUCUCUCCGUCGUUCCAUCCUCGGCCUCCACCGCCAAACCCACAACCUCUCUCUCUCAAAGUCUUCACCUUUCCCAAUCACCAACAUCUCCUCCCCUUCCGCCGCCGUGAUCGGAAGAGAAAUCUCCUCGACCCCAUUUUCACUAACCCAGAAACUCAAACCGGACUCCGUUAAUCUCGUCGCCGAUCGUUCUCUCGGGCAAUCUCAGCUGGCUCGUCUCCCGGCUUCUCGAGGCUACAGCAACGCGUCUCUCGUACGGAAGAUCCCUGUUCUGUUCCACAUAAACGCGGGGAUGGAGGAGGUUUUGGCGGAUUACGUUCACCAAGAGCUGACCAGGAAUCUGAUGGUGAUCUCUCUGGGGUUGUUCCAGAUCAUCGUUAUCAAAGACGUCGUCGUGUUUCUUUUCUUCUGAGCAAAAAAAGGAAUCAUCUUUUGGGGUCUCUCUCUAUCACCUGUUUAAUGAAAUAGUGAGCUAAAGUCUCUUCCUUUUUGUUUUUAUCUUUCUUCUGUUAUGAAUAAGAACAUUGAUGCUUGUGUUGCUUCAGUUUCUCUUGUUUUCAAAGUUUGAUUCAGUUCGUAUAAGGCUUAAGUGGAAUUAAUAACUUUCCUGGAUUGUAGACAAGAGUAUGUCUCCUGAGGUGGAGUAAUAAGACUCUCUCUAUUUAAGCUUUGAAUUGAAUAAAAGAGAAGUUUUCUCA